AUGGCCCCAGACGGCGCCGCGUCGCGCUUCAAAACGCGCUUCUCCAACCUCUCCUUCCUGCACGGCUUCCCAGCAAACGCACACGCCGUGACUCCGCUGCCUCCUCCGCCCCCGCCCCUCCCGCAGCCGCUACCGCGCUCCAACACGGCCUACGACGUACGACAGCACGAGCACGUGCGUUCCGUCUCCUCUGGCACGGCGCGCGACCACGCCGUCGAUGUCGCGCGCCACGUCUCGCACCGCGCCGAGGUCGUCCCCGCUGGCGGGCGGCACGACUCGUACCCUAUCAACAUUGACGAGUGGGCCAGCCCCGGGCCCGGCGCGAGCCGAUACCCCUCCGUGGCGACCAUGCCCUCGGGCCACGUCUUCUCGUCGCCGACGUCGCCACACACGCUCCCCUCACCCACGAGCUUCGGCGUCCGCCGCAAGCCGAGCGGCGCGCGCCCCCCGCCCCCACCGCUCAACCUCGACGCCGCGCGCAAAACGUACGUCCGCGCCGACCGCGCCCCGAUCGAGCUGCAUGCCGGCGUAAGCGGGGUGGAGGAGCUGUCCUCGCCCCUGCCGCUGUCCCCGCUCGACGUGGCGCACCGCGUGCCGCUCCAGCCUUCGCACUACCCCUCCACCGUCGUCGUGGUCACCCACGCCGCUGACGACCGCCCCGUUCACGUCGAGGACGAGCACGCGUACCCCGCCUUCUCUCCGGCACCGAGGGUAUGGUCCGCCCUCCAGCCGGACAGGUACCGCCACUCGCCGUCGCCCCGGCGCGACGACGCCGCCGCGCCGCGCCGCCCGCCGCCCGCGUCCCCGCUCGAGCUGCACGACGUCGCGCUGACACCGGCGCCGACGCGCCCCAUGACGCAGUUCUCGGCGCGUGUGCCCAGCCACCAUGACGGUGGCGGCGGGCUCAAGGCGCUCGGAAAGCGCCUGUCCCGCGCCCUCCCGACCGCGAAAGCCGUGCGCUUCGAGCCGCCGCAUCACAGACUGUCGUCGGAGAACGGCAGUGUCCUCGACGUGCGCUGGGCCGAGGAGGGCGCGGCUGGCGCGGGCACAGGAGGCGGGGGUACGAAGGGGCUCAAGGAGCCCAUGACGCGCCAGCGCCGGGAAGCUUUCUUCCGCAAGUACAAGUGCGCGCUGAUCAUCCUCGUGCUCAUCCUGCUUGGCACGGGCAUCCUCGCGGCGGUCCUCGCGACGCAGCACACCACGGCGCCAGACCAGGCCGCGGCGAAGGGCGACUCGGCGCCUCCGCCAUCGGGCACGACGGCGUCAGCUUCGGCGUCUCACUCCGCUUCCUCGGCUUCCUCCACCGCCACCUCCACCGCCACUGCCGACCCGCACGCCGCCGCCGCGGCAUGCAUCGCGGAGUUCAACGCCCUCACGACCAACGGCGAGUCGUACCCCUGCAGUUCUUGCGUGCCGGUGCUCAGCACCCUCCCGAACGACUUCGCCACGACCUUCCCCAAUGCCACAGCUGCUGGCGGCCCCGGCGCCGCGCUCCAGUUCUGCGCGCUGCGCGACGUGCUCGACUCUGUCCCUCCCGGCGCGAACAACACGCUCAAGGCUGCCGGAUGGAUCUACGCCACCGACCCGAUCGCCAGACUGCCCCCCUCGCUCGCCAACCUCGUCUCCCUCAACCUCCUGCACGUGAACGGCAACUCGUCUCUGCCAGCCGGCCCGUUCCCCACAGAGGUGCUGUCGCUGCGUAACCUCACCCAGCUCUACAUCUCCGACACGGCCUUGACCGGCGCGCCACUCGCGGUUAACAGCUCGUCGCUGCCGCUCCAGAGCAUCACGCUGAUCGGCAAUCCUGCGUUCGGGAACGCCGUGCCCGACGCCUCCAAGUUCGACAAACUACAGACUUUAGUUAUCACGAACCAGAACCUAUCGCGCCCGUUCGACGCGUCCCUCAUCCCCCCAUCAGUUACCUACCUCGACCUCUCGUACAACAACCUCUCCGGCUCCAUUCCCGACCUCUCGCGCCUGUCCUCACUAGCCACCCUGUAUCUCCAGUCCAACGACUUCACGACUCUCCCGCCCGCUCUCCCCGCAGCCCUCACGUCAAUAAGCUUCACCAACAACCCCCAUCUCAACGGCGCGCUCCCCAAGACGCUGUGCGCGGGAACAGUAUCCUCAUGCGACCUCCGCAAUACGGCGCUGAGCGCCGCCAAGGUGUCGUGCGGCGCAUGCUUGUUCAACUAG